AUGACGAAGGGAUCUCGCAAGAGAGUCAAGCCCAGCCCCUCCGGCGAGGACUCGCCGACUCCAGCGCCCAGUAAUGCCCGAGCUCGUUCUGACUCCCAGUCGAGAGGGCAUAAUGCAAGCUGGUAUCCCGGGUCCUGGUCAUCCGUUGCCAGAGUCACCAAAGCGGCCCCAGUUACCGAGGUUGCCCGUGAGAGUAUUUCGGCGGCGAGAAACGUAGCUUCGAGCGUUACAGCCUCAUCAACUUCUCUCCUUGAUACACCCAACAAGAUUCGACAUCCCUCCCUUCAACUUACGAGAAAAUCGGGGUCCUCGGCCAGAUCUCUCCCUGCUGAUGCUACUACAACCCGUGUCAACAUUGCAUCAGAUGGGUCGGCUUCCACGCCAGCUGUCGUCGAUACCGGAGAAUUCAGUGCAACGGGAACUGUAACACCCGAUAAAGAAACGUCCGGCGAGAACGACACCAAGCCACUGGAAGAACCCGCCAAGGAACAGGAGGCUACUCCUAACACCGAUCCUGGCACUUUGCAUGUAGGACAUGCAGAGGGCCCUGAACAAUAUAGCAGCUGGCUCUCAUGGAUCUAUGGGCAGCCAAGUACAUCUAAUGGUGUUGCGGCUGCACUACAAUCGACAGGAACUGCGGAGCGUGCGGUCGGAAACCAAACUACAGAGCCGACUGAAGGUCAACCUACCACGAAGGACGUCACAGCCGAAGAAGAACAAACAGAACCGGAGCCAGAGCAGACAAAGGAUACUAUAGAAGUUACUCCAGUGGCGCAGAAGCGAUCUUGGCUUCAGAUGUGGUACGGUUCUAACGCGCCCAGCAAGAAAGAAGAGCCAUCAGCUUCAGAACCCACAGUCUCUUCGACGAAUACGGAAUCACCCGAAACUGCCGACAUCAAUAUGACACCCAAGGAUCCCCCAGGUGAGGCAAGAGAGCCCACUGGAGGGACACGGAAUCCGGUUGGAAAUACGAGAUCAUCUGGCUGGUCAUUCUGGUCCAAGGAUUCGACAAAGGACGGGCACUCAGACAAACCGCAGGAAGGCGAAGCGGUUGAAGCAUCGAUUGAACCACACGCCCAAUCCAAGCCGACAACACUUGAGCCAGACCCAGAAACAAAUGUGAAGAUCACCCAAAAGGGCAGCAUCAAAGUCAAACCACCUAAAGACAACCGCGCCAAAGACGGAUCUGUGUCUGCGGUCGAGACCAGUUCCACACCUACACCACCCGUUGAGCCUCGACCAGCUGAUACCACCGCCUCAAAGCAAUUACAGAAAAUCCUCCCCAACCAGGUAUUGCCACGUUUCGAAGAAACGUACACAUUCGAGGAGUCGCCCUCCCUCUUCCAGAGUCUUGGUCGAUUCCUCCAUUAUGGAAAAGGGCCAGAACUCAAACAUGUUAGCAGAGUCAAGGACCCGCUGCAUGUUAAACACGCCUUGGCCAUUGGUGUCCAUGGAUAUUUCCCAGCUCCUUUCAUUCGGAGUGUACUCGGACAACCCACAGGAACCUCAAUUCGGUUCUCCAAUAUGGCAGCGGACGCUAUUCGCAAGUACACAGAAAGCCACGGCUAUGCCUGCAACAUUGAAAAGAUUGCCUUAGAAGGAGAAGGCCGCAUUGUGGAGCGGGUGGACGUACUCUGGAAGCUGCUUCUGAAUUGGAUGGAAGAGAUCCGCAAAGCAGAUUUUAUAAUGGUUGCUUGUCACAGUCAAGGAGUACCAGUGGCGAUUAUGCUAGUUGCGAAGCUGAUCCAGUUUGGCUGCCUUGAUGCUAAAAGAGUCGGGAUUUGCGCCAUGGCUGGUGUAAACCUUGGUCCCUUCCCUGAUUACAGAUCUCGCUGGAUCAGCGGCUCGGCUGGAGAGCUGUUUGAAUUUGCACUUCCUUUCAGCAAAGUUUCGAAGGAGUAUGAGGCAGCUCUAAAAUGUGCUCUUGAAUUUGGUGUCCGCAUUUCUUACAUCGGCAGUAUUGACGAUCAACUCGUUUCUUUGGAGUCCUCCCUCUUCUCACCCAUAGCGCACCCGUACGUCUACCGCGCCGUGUUCGUCGAUGGCCGCGUCCAUGCCCCAAGUUUCCUCUCCCACUUAGUCGGCUUCGCUCUCAAGCUCCGAAACCUGGGUAUAUCAGACCACGGUCUAAUCCACGAACUAAGCGCCCCACUAGCAGGCAGUCUAUACACUGGAGAAGGCCAUUCUCGCCUGUACGACGAUGAAGCGGUAUAUUACAUGGCCAUCGAAUUCGCCCUAGAAACAUCCUCUGUCCCAAAUUCAACAAUCAGCAUCAAACGAGCCAGCGGCUCCGUCACUCCGAAUCCAUAUAUCCUCCCCUUCGCCAUGCGCGGUCUUCUAGAAGAAGAAUUCGUGCGUCGCGAACUACACGACGAGACGAUGGAGUUACUUCGGCAGUUUGAUGACUGGAAACCUUCUAGUAAGGUUUUGAAGGAUGUCAAGUUCCGGCUUGAGGGUAUCCGGUCUAAACUGUAG